CUGACUCCGCUGCGUGCCCCGAUCACUCCGUCCUGCCGGUGUGUGUGUGUCGUACCGUGGUGGUGUUUGUGUGACAGCGGGACUCUCGGGAUUUUGUCGUUGACCGUCUGGAUUGUUUUUUUUAAAGGUUGUUUGUCUCUUCCUGCGCACACACACCGCCACUCUGACAUCACACCAGGCCGUGACCCCUCCCACCACAACCACCCCCCCCCACCAUGGCGCUGUCCUCACGCUUAAAGCUGUGGGAGCAGAAGAUAAAGGAGGAGAAGACGCCGGUGGCCGUGGCCGAGCCUCCUCCUCCUCUGUCCGCUCUGCCGGGCGGCUUCCUCAAACAGCUGGUCAGAAGCUCCGAGAAGGAAACCAAACAGAAAGAGCCCGAGACCAAAGACGAGAAACCACCGAACAAACUGAGCAACAACUUGGUGCAGCAGUUCCUCCUCCCAGAUCAGACUCCUCCGAUCCUGGAGGCCGAGAUGGCGCUGCGGGCCGAGCAGCUGAUCAACAGCAGCAAACAGUCAGACAGUCACUCCUCGUCGUCUCAGAGGCAGAUUUACCCUCCCAGACCGAGCCAGCAAGUAACGCCAGAGCCGCCCAAACAGCAACAGGAAACAAAAUCAGAGAAGAAGAAGGAGGAGAAGAGGAUAGAGGAGGUGCAGCAGAAGAAGAGGAUAGAGGAGGUGCAGCAGGUGGUGAAGAAGGAGGAGAAAGGGAUGGAGGAGAGGCAGGAGCCCGACGGACAGCAGGCCGACACGACUGUAACAGAGCAUGAAAACAGGAGAGAGGUGCGAGACGUUUGGUAUGAAGCUGGAACUGUGUGGUACGUCCACAAGGACGGUUACAGCCUGGCCACUCAGCUGAAGCCUGAUGAGGGCACACCUGAACUCCCAGAAGGCCGAGUGAGAGUCCGCCUGCAGACGGACGGCCUCGCUGCACGAAAAAACGCAGUAAAAAUGAAAAGUGAAAACCCCUCAACCUGGACCUGUGCGAUGGACCUGAACGACCUGAAGCAGUCAACGAUGUGCGGCGUCCUGCACAACCUGACCAAGCCGAAACAAAAGCCAAAAAUGCCGCUCACGCUGGGCAACCCAACCUGGUCCAACUUCUGGCCCCCAUCGCAGACCCACAGCAAGACUCCAAAGUCCCGGCGAGGGGAGUCGGCGUGGGACGCUCCUCCUGCUCUGGCUGCUCUGGUCAAACGGGUGUACGUGUCCAUGGUCGGCACCAGGAGAGACCACACUGUGUGUGCGCUGGGACGCAGCGGGACCGGCAAGACCACCACGUGUCAGGCCUUCACACUGGGUCUCCUCAAACAGGCCGGGACGACCAGAGAGAGGAUCAGCGUGGAGCGCGUGCAGGCCAUGUUUACCAUCCUGAGGUCUUUUGGCUGCGUGAGCUCUCAGCACAGCGACGCUUCGUCUCGCUUCGCCAUGGUCUUCUCUCUGGACUUUAACCACGCUGGACAGGCGGCUGCUGGACACCUACAGACGACGAUGAUGCUGGACAAAUGGAAAGUGUGUCAGAAAACUCCUGGAGAGAGUAACUUCCUGGUCUUCGCUCAGAUGCUGGCAGGACUCAGCACAGAGAUGAGGACAGAGCUGCAGCUUCACCAGCUCCCUGAGAACAACUCGUUUGGGAUCGUUCAUCCCACAAAGGUUGAGGAGAAACAGCGUGCGUCCGUCGCCUUCACCAAGCUGCUGACUGCCAUGGAAACGCUGAGCUUCUCAGCCGGCGAGCAGAAGGCGAUAUGGCAUGUUCUGGCUGGUAUUUACCAUCUGGGAGCUGCCGGGGCCUGUAAAGUUGGCAGGAGACAGUUUGUGAACUUCGACAGCGCUCAGGUGGCCGGCAGCGUUCUGGGCUGCGAGGGAGACGAUCUGCACACGGCCGUCUUCAAACAUCACCUCCGACAGCUGCUGCAGAGAGCCAGGGGCAGCAGAGAGAGGAACACUGCUGCAGAGUCGGAGGAGGGUCCCAGACUGACAGCGGCUCAGUGUGUUGAUGGGAUGGCUGCUGGACUCUACGAAGAACUCUUCACCGCCAUCGUCUCACUUAUCAACAGAGCUCUGAGCAGUCAGCAGCUGACGUUAGCCUCGGUGAUGGUGGUGGACACGCCGGGACUCAGGAACCCGAGACACGCUGCGGAGGAGCGAGCAGCCAGCUGGUCUGAACUCUGUCACAACUACCUGCAGGAGAGGCUGCUGGAGCGCUACCACACACACACCUUCACACACACGCUGGAGAGAUACACACAGGAGAAGAUCCGGGUGGAGUUGGAGUGUCCAGAGAACAGUCCAGCUGAGGUGGUGUCCGCCAUCGACCAGCCGCCUCCACAGGUCCGAGCAGCAGAUGGAGACCCCAGAGGUCUGUUGUGGGUUCUGGAUGAGGAGAUGUUGACACCAUCCUCCAACGAGAACAGCAUCCUGGAGAGAGUCUGCCAGUAUUACAGCAACACGGUGCGUCAGUGCGAGCAGCCGCUGCAGUGUGAGGUCAACCACCUGAUGGGCUCGGACCCGGUCCGCUACGACCUGACCGGAUGGAUCGGUCUGAUCCAGAACAACCCGUCUGCUCUGAACGCCGUCUCUGUGCUCCAGAACUCCACCAUAGCGGAGGUGAAGGCCAUGUUCGCCCCCAGGAUCUCCCUGCCCCCUCUGUGUCGAGGUCUGGGCGGUCUGGAGGGCAGCAGCCAGCGCUCUCUGCAGAGGAACGGCACCAUCAGGAAGACCUUCAGCGGAGGCAUGGCGGCCAUACGCAGACACUCCCAGAGCAUCGCGGUGAAGCUGCAGGCGGACGCUCUGGUGAACCUGAUCCGUCGGGCGCGGCCGGUGUUCCUGCAGUGUGUGAACGCAAAGAACGACGGUGGAAGUUUUGACGUCCCGGCGCUCAGAGUCCAGCUGCACUCCACACAGAUCCUGUCGGCCCUUCAGUUCCACCGCACAGGUUAUCCAGAGCACAUGACUCUGAGUGACUUCCGCUGUCACUUCCAGGCGUUGUCUCCUCCCAUCAUGAAGCGUUACGCCUCGAUGUUUGUCAGCCACGACGAGAGGAAGGCGGUGGAGGAGUUACUGGUGGAGUUGGAUCUGGAUAAAAAGAGCGUGGCGGUGGGCGCCAGCAGGGUGUUCAUGAAGCGCGGCGUGCUGAGCUACCUGGAGCAGCGGAGGGACCAGCAGGUCACCGGCUGGUUGGUAUAUCUGCAGGCCGCCUGCAUGGCACACCUGGCCCGUCAGAAGUACCGCAAACUCAAGGUGCAGCAGAUGGCCGUCAGCUGUUUGCAGAGGAAUCUGCGGGCUAUGAGGGUCGUGGCCAAAUGGAGCUGGUGGAAACUUUUCUGCAGAGUUCGUCCUCAACUGGACGUCAACAUGGACAACGAGAGGCUCCGAGCUAAAGAGGAUGAGAUAUCAGCUCUGAGACGACGCCUGGAGAAAUCAGAGAAGGAGAGGAACGAGCUGAGGCAGACUGCAGACAGCCUGGAGACCAAGGUUACAGCUGUGACAUCUGAGCUAAGCGAUGAGCGUUUCCGUGGCGAUGCCGUGGGUCAGGCUCUGGAUGUGGAGAGGGCGGAGAGGAUCCGACUCUGCAGGGAGAACAAAGACCUGCAGGCUCGUCUAGACCAGUGCAAAGUCACCAUGGAAACCCUGGAGAAGCAGCUGGAGGAGCAGAAACAGAAAGCUCACAUCACUGAGAGUCAGCGAGGAGCAGCGACAGAAAGCGAGCUGUCCAUGCAGCUGGAGUGCUGCCAGACGGAGGUUGAAUUUGUCCGCAGACGACUCAAGCAGACGGAGGAAAAACUGGAGACGGAGAGACAGACCCGGGAACAGCUCGAUACCAAGGUGGCGACGCUGCAGGCCCAGCUGGAGCAGUCCAGGCGGACUGCGACAGAACUGAAACGUCACUGUCGCCGUGUGACCUCUGACCUCCAGGACGCCCGAGUCCUCACUGACAGCCUGCAGAGCCGCAUGCACGAGCUGGACCGCAAACAGAGGAGGUUUGACAGUGAGUUGACUCAGGCUCUGGAGGAAGCUGAAAACGAGAGAGAGCAGAAGGACAAAGCCUGUCAGGAGAACGCAGCUCUGGGGUCUGAGGUCUACAGUCUGCGCCGCAGCCUUCAGGAGAGCCAGGCAGAGGUGGGCCGUCUGCAGAAGCAGAAGGACGAGCUGUGCGCUCAGAUCCGUGACCUCAGCCUGCCCGUCGAUCUCGCCUCCGAUUCGCUGCCCGACCUCAAGAAACAGCUUCGCCUCCUGGAGAGUCAGGCCAGCGAGAGAGCGCAGGAAGUCGCCACGCUCACCGCCAAAAUACAGCAGCAGCAACAGAUCCACAUGCGCUUUGAGAUGGAGAUGGAGAGGAUGAAGCAGAUGCAUCAGAAGGAGCUGGAGGAUAAAGAAGAGGAGCUGGAGGACGUGCACAAGUCCUCUCAGAGACGGCUGAGGCAGUUGGAGAUGCAGUUGGAGCAGGAGUACGAGGAGAAACAGAUGGUGAUUCAUGAGAAGCACGACUUGGAGGGACUCAUAGCAACUCUGUGUGACCAGGUGGGACACAGAGACUUCGACGUGGAGAAGAAGCUGCGGAGAGACCUGAAGAGGACUCACGCCCUGCUGGCCGACGCCCAGCUGCUUCUUUCAACCGUCGACAACCCGGGCCAGAACCUGCCCAACGGCAGCAGAGACCAGAUAGAGCGCCUGCACUGCCAGCUGGAGGAGAGCGAAGCGAGGCGGCUGGAGGCCGAGAGUGCUCAGACGACUCUCUCCCAGGAGCUGGAGAACUCUCAGAUCGAGCUGGAAAAUAUCUGCAAACAGAAGAGUGUGGUGGACGAGCAGUUAGCUCUGCUGCAGCAUGAGAAGGUGGACCUGCUGAAGAGGCUCGAGGAGGACCAGGAGGACCUCAACGAGCUCAUGAAGAAGCACAAAGCGCUCAUCGCUCAGUCCUCUAGUGAUAUCUCUCAGAUCAGAGAGCUGCAAGCCGAACUGGAGGAGGUGAAGAAGCAGAGACACUCUCUGCAGGAGGAGCUCCAGCAGAGCGUGUCGAGGGUGCAGUUCCUGGAGUCGUCCACCGUGGGGCGUAGCAUCGUCAGCAAACAGGAGGCGCGUGUGUGUGACCUGGAAAACAAACUGGAGUUUCAGAGAGGGCAGGUCAAGAGGUUUGAGGUGCUGGUGCUGCGUUUAAGGGACAGCGUGGUGCGUCUGGGAGAGGAGCUGGAGCAGAGCGCGCAGGCUGAAGCUCGGGAGAGAGAGAACGCCCGUUACUACCAGCAGCGGCUGCAGGACGUGAGGCUGGAGAUGGAGGAGCUGAUCCAGAGGGAGCAGGACGGCAGCCGCAGACGCAUGGAGCUGGAGAUGCAGGUGGAGGAGCUCAGCGCCGUCAGACAGGCGCUGCAGGCCGACCUGGAGACGUCCAUCCGCCGCAUCGUGGACCUGCAGGCCGCGCUCGAGGAGGUGGAGUCGAGCGACGAGAGCGACUCUGAAAGUGUUCAAACUGCUGUGGAGUCGUUGACUCGAAAGAAAGACCUUGACUCGGUGUCCAGCGUCGGCUCCAUCGGGACAGAGGAUGUAGGAGAGGGGAUUCGUCAUUGGCUGGGAGUGCCCAGAGGAGGCUCCCGUGGCGGCGGCUCGCCCUACGGCAGCAGUACCAUCAGCAGCCAGGGAGGGCGCCAGUCUGUGGCGGACACCAUGAGCACCUACAGCUUCCGUUCUUGUGUGGAUCCUGAUGACGAGGCCUCAGAGGCUGGAGGCUCCAGAGGUCCCAGUCGGCCCUCCUCCUCCGCUCUCUCCGAGCUGCUGGACGGACUCCGUAAACGCAGAGCGGGCGGCGAUGCAGCAGACGGCGCCGGCAGCACCGUCUCUCUGCCCGUUUAUCAAGCAACCGCCGCCUCCACUCUCAGGCGACGAGCCUCGGCCCUCUCUCUCGACCCAGGUGACCUCCCGGAGCCCCGGCCGGGCCCCAGCAUCCUAAAACCGUCCUCGCCGCUCCUGCCGCGCGCCGCCAGCGCUCGCUCCAUCAGUGAAGCCUCGACGUCUGCUGCCGUCUCCACAUCUGGCACCAAAAUCUCUCGCUUCAGCUCGAGCGACUCCCUCUCUGCACUUCCCUCGCUGCCACACCUCUCCUCCUUGACGUCCUCCCUCGCCUCUCGCCAUCACCCUCCGUCCCUGUCCAUCCCGGAAGAGGACGCAGACGAACCCCUCCGCUCCAGAACGACCCCCAUGCAGCGCUCCCCUCAGCCGCUGAGGCGGUGCAUGCUGGGAAGUCUCACCACAGAGGACGGAGGUGAAGGCGCUCUGGGUUCAGAACCGAUGGUCUUCCAAAACCGCCACCUGGCGGAGGAUCGCGACGACGCGGUGUCCGACAUCCUGCCCGCCAUCCGCAGAGCUCAGUCCACCAGCAGCCUGGCGGGCUCGGUGCGAGGAGGCAGGAGGGCGCUGAGCGUCCACUUCGGGGAGCUGCCGCCGUCCACCCGCAGCAGGAAAGGCUCCGAAACGGAGUCGUCCAGCUCGGGGGGGUCAGGAGGGAGCUCGCAGGCAGGCGGCGUGAGACGCAGGUUUGAGCGGCCGCAGGGAGAGAGACUGGAGGCGGAGGGCAGCGAGGGCGGAGACGUGGCGUCAGUCAUGAAGAAAUACCUGAAGAAAGAGGUCGACUGAAGCCGAUGAGGUAAGCUCUCAGCGCGUCCACGUCCAGCUGUGAGCUGCAGUCGAGGCUGAGAAACACUUCAGAAGUCAACAAGGAUGAUUUUUUUUUUUGACUUUGUUAAAACCACCUGAAAAUACAUCUGCACUUAACUGUAUUUUCAGAAAAGCGCUGUUUAUAUAUGAAUAAAAAACUUGAAAUAAA